AUGCUACUUUCUUUUUCACCGCCACAUAUCAGCUACCUAUUGCCGCUAGGAGCCAGACUAAAGUACACUGAUCUCACAGUAGCUAGUGUUGGAGACAGCAGUGGUUUAAUGUGCCGCAUGGUACAGCAAUUUAAAGUGGAUUGUAAAACAGAUUCUUUUAUUGUUUUGCACACUGACGGCAUGUUGUAUGUCAUGUCAGAUGAGGAAAUAACUGACCUUGUACAGACUUGUCCUGAUGCUGAACAUGCUGCUAACAUUCUGACACAUUGUGCAAUACAGUAUGGUUCAGAAGACAAUAUCACGGCAAUAAUUAUUCCUCUGAGACUUUGGACCAAAAAACUCAAACAGGAAGUAUCAAAGGAGCACAGCUUUUUGAAAAACAUGAGAAUUAAUUACAUUUAAAUGUUCUGGUGCUAAAUUCAAGUG